AUGAACGGUUCCGUCGUACCUGCAGCGCACACCGGCGUAUACAGGGUUCAAUAUGUCCUGACCAAUUUAUUCUCCAAUGUCCAAUUGCCCGAUAUCCAAUCCGUGCGAGAGGAUGCUGAGCUUGCACCGUCUUUAAGGGAGAGUCAAAGUAGUGACAGAUCCACGCCAGUAAUGACAGAUGGGAGUACGGGGAAGGUCAUCCUCGACCCCGUCUCUGACGGACUGUUAUACAAUCAUUUCCUCCCGAACCUCUUCAAAUGGAGCUUUUUCGUUCAUACUGACGACGUUCCCGACGACCUACUGAAAGAAUGCGUAUGGGCCUUGGAGAUGUUCAUCCUAGAGCUUAUCGAGAGUUCCGAUGCUCAGCUCCGCGCCAUGGGGCACAUUACGCGACGAACUGCUGACAGUAAAAUGGCGUACGCCAAGAACGCGAUGAUCAUGCAUGCCAAAUUCAAAGCUGCGAUACAUAUGCUAAAACCAACCAUAAACCGUGCAGCUGAUGCAGUAACGCACUUGAAACACGUCGUCGAAGUUGUUAAGAGUACCUCCGGCAGCGACUUAUACAGCGGAAAUCGAGACCUAUUUGUGACCUACGCCGAAGCUCUUCUUUGUAACGGUGAGGAAAAUGAGGCACAGACGGUCCUGGAACGUGUCCUAAAGGUCGAGGAUCCGUCGCCUGAAGGAUUACUGUACCUCGUUAAAGCAAAGGCGCUCGUGUCCCGUGUGUACCGUUCUCAUGGUCUUGAGCAGAAGGCUCUGAAGCAUGAAGAGUGGCUUGUCAAGUGGUUCCGCAAAAAUCCCCACUUCCUACCGGAAAACCUGAUGCAAGAGCUGCUGAUGCCUGCAGGGGAGCCAAGUACGGUGCUUGAGGCACUCGGUGGGCCCGAGUGGCUCGACAAUCGUCAGCACACCGAUAAGACUGUCCAUCGGCUGUCGAAGCAGUGCAGACAAUGUGGUGCAAGAGAGCCCAUCGUGAAGCUCUCGCUGUGCAGUGGCUGCAAAACCAUCUACUACUGCUCCUCUGCGUGUCAGAAGCAGAACUGGCCGUAUCACAAAGCCGGAUGCAAAGACAAGGCAGAGCUACAUGACAGGCUUGCAAAGCUUGCCGUCUCGCAACCCAGUGCUGCUCAAAAGGAGAAGGACUUCCACGCCUGGCUGGAGAUCUGUAACCAAACCGCCUUUCACCACGCCUUGGGGCUCCGGAGAGAUCCCAGUCGCGGGCGCACGCACAUCAUCUUCCAAGAAGUUGUGUAUACCCCAAAGGCCUCCGCGCAGGUGCGGCUUAAGUUCCGCAUCCUACGCUGCGGGGUGUUCCUGAUCGCCGACGUCCUCGGUGAGAUCGAGCGCUUAAUGAACCUCAAUGCAGGAGAGGGAAUGGAGUACGUCAAGAGCAUAUUCGACGAGAUGGACUCGACUGGGAUGCGGGGAAGAGGAGUUAUGUUCCUCGUGCUGUCUUACGGUCGCGGAGUCCGACCAUGGCUCGGUGGAGACGCGGCGCCGUCCCCAUUUCUGCAAUCGCAGCCAUACGAUCCUGAUUGGCGUACAGCACUGAAUCCGACUAUGCCCCCCGUGAAGAUCGAGCUUGCCGGAGGCAAGAUUCAAGACGCAGAGAAUGACGUUUGA